GUGAACUGGCGAUAGCUUCAUUAUAAACCAUUACAAUACAACACCAAAACCAAUUUUUAAUUGAUAAAAUAAUUUUUUCAUAAAAUUUUGAUUUUAAAAUGUCAAAAGCACACCCACCUGAAUUAAAAAAAUUCAUGGAUAAGAAAUUAUCACUGAAAUUAAACGGUGGUCGUCAUGUGAUUGGAAUUUUACGAGGAUUUGAUCCUUUUAUGAAUUUAGUUGUGGAUGAUACUAUUGAAGAAUGCAAAGAUGGAUCAAAAAAUAUGAUUGGAAUGGUUGUAAUACGAGGGAAUAGCAUUAUUUUACUAGAAGCUCUGGAUAGGAUUUAGCAUUAAUUAAGUUUAAAUUUAUUAAGAAUACUUGUAAAUUAAUUUAAGA